UCUGUAUUCUCAGGUACGGCUCUGCUCCUCAUCGACGUGCUCGGCGCGCGGCGUCUGCGCGGGCGACCGCUUCCUCCGGCGCCGCGCGGCGAGCUCCUCCUCCGCGGCGGGCCAACGUCGAUGAGGCGAAGCUCCUGAGGGCGCUGGCGGAGGGCAGGAUCGCCGGCGCUGGGCUGGAGGUGUCCCGGGCCAGGUGCUGGGCAUGGACACUGUGGUGCUGACGCACCACUAGGCCGUGUUCAGCCCGGCUGCCAUGGCCGACCUCGACCGUCUCGUCGUCGGCAACCUCGAGGCCUUCUUCGCCGGCGCGUCGCUGCUGACACCCAUCCUCGUCUUCGAUUGAUCGUGCCGAGAUCGUCAACAAAAUUUGAGCUUUUAACUGAAAAAGUCGUGAUUUUUACUCUGGGUUUGGGAAAGAAAAACUAGCUCGUAUGUAAAAUUUUCUGCCGGAGCUCUUCAGAUCGUGAUCUGGUUUCGAGUUGAAAUGAUUGGAUCGCUGACAUUAAUUUCUAGCGUCAUGUCGUUUUCUAGCAGUGUCUACUGGUGGCAUUACUGUGUCUCUGUGCCUCCAAACGUUUCAAGCCACACAAAUCCCAGUGAAGAACAUGAGGCCACCGCCACCGCCCAGCGACGAGAGGCCCCUGGUGCUCCUGGCGCAGCCACUCUUCCCGGACUUCGCCGCCGCGCUCGCCAGCCGCUUCCGGUUCGCUCUGGCCGCUGACGCGGACGCGGCGGACGCGGCCGAGGGGAGGGUGCUGCUCGUGGGGUUGAAGCCUGUCACGGACGAGCACCUGGCCGGGCUCCCGGCGCUCGAGCUCGUGGCGGGCAUCUCCGUGGGCGUCGACCACGUCGAUCUUGCCGCAUGCAGGCGCCGUGGGCUCAGCGUGACCAACGCUGGUGCCGCGUUCGCCGUCGACUCGGCCGACUACGCCGUCGGGCUCCUCAUCGCCGUGCUUCGCCAGGUGGCCGCCGCCGACGCGUAUGUCCGGGGCGGCCGGUGGCCGGCCGACGGGGAUUACCCUCUCACCACCAAGGUAAGCGGCAAGCGGGUGGGGAUCGUGGGGCUGGGCAACAUUGGCUCCCGGGUAGCGCGUCGCCUAGCCGCCUUCGGCUGCGCCGUCUCCUACCACUCGAGGUCGCCCAAGCCUUCAUCGCCGUACACGUUUGUCCCGACUCUGCUCGACCUCGCUGUCGGCAGUGAUGUUUUGGUGCUCUCCUGUGCGCUGACGGACGAGACGAAGCACAUGGCGAACCGGGAGGUGAUGGAGGCACUGGGUAAGGACGGCGUGCUGAUUAACGUCGGCCGGGGUGGCCUGGUAGACGAGCCGGAGCUGGUGAGUUGCCUGCGGGACGGCGCCCUUGGAGGCGCUGGGCUAGACGUGUACGCAAACGAACCGGCCGUGCCGCCGGAGCUGUUCGGCAUGGACAAUGUCGUGUUGUCCGACCACCGGGCCGUGAUCACCCCGGAGUCCAUGCGCGGCGUGCUCGAGGUCAUCACCGCCAACCUCGACGCCUUCUUCUCAGGGAGGCCGCUCGUCAGUCCUGUGCAGCUCUGAACUCUGAAUUGUUCAAACCAUUGAGUCCUAAAUAAAUUGUCUUUUCGGCCUCAUAUGUAUACAAACCAUUUAGUUUCUACUCAACUAAUACGAAUUUUAGAAUCUUAAA